GAACCAACAGUAUCAUUAUGUCUUGAAUUUUACGUGCACAAAUUUUUGGCAUUUAAACGACUUGAUAUGAAACACAUGUAAGGUAUUACGAUGGAUGAUGAAGUUGAAAUAAAAAUGGCUAAAGCCAGAGAAUGGUCAUCUUUUGUGAUGGACGAUGUACUGCAAAGCAAAGAAGAGAUAGAAAAGAUAAAGAAAAAACUUAAAGUGCUACAAGCAGAUUUAGAAGAGGAAUUUGACGUAAACGAAGAAAAGAUUUUCGUCAAUAACUUUAUUUCCUUUCUGCAUUGGAGAUUAGGAGACAGAGAAAAAGCAUUUGCUGCCUCAAAGCGUGCUUUAGAGCUAGAGGAAGAGCCAAAUUUAGUUAAUCGUUGCAAUGAAGUAUUAUUCCAUAUCGAACUUGAAAAGCAUUACUGUUCGAAGAAACUUUUAGAUGAAAUCUACGAAAAAAUUAAAAACAAAAGGUUACAGUUUCGAGCUACUGCAGAAAUUGGUUAUUGUUAUUCCCGACUGGGUCCACAGCGCCACGAAAAAGCAGUGCAGCUAUUCCAGAGAGCAAUACAAGGUAUAGCACCAGAGAGGAAUUUACUUUGGGAGUUCCGCCUUGCAUUAACUUUACGCAGACAGUCGCAUUUUUUUCAGAUGACAACGGCAGAAAAUUAUAGACCUGAAGAAAAAAAGGAAGAAGCCGCCCGUCUAUUCUAUGAGAUUUUGAAAUUUCCCACUGACGAAUAUUGUCGUAUAAAAGCAAGAUCAUGGUGUCAGAUGAGCAGAACCUUAUUUAAAGGAAAGAAUUUGUUUGAAAUCAUACACACAGAUAAGGAAAAAACAAUGAAAAUAGAUGAAAAGCGAUGUUUCGAGGAAGCAAUGAAGUUGUGUCCCGAUGAUUAUUUCGUCCUACAGGAGUAUGGAAUUCAUCUCAGGUACAUAGAAAAGAUGGAAGAAUCGACAGAAAUGUUAAAGAAAGCUAUACAGUUGAGAGACACGAAUUUUGCGAGACAUCAUUUAGCACUGACUCUUCAGAAAACGAUGGAGUCAGUCAUGUUUAUGUCUAGCAUGCCGGAAGCCGCAGUGUCUCUUGAUGUCGAACAGACAGAAAUUGAAUCAAAGUCAGAUGCCACAGACCUAAAACUUAUUUUCAUUUCCAACAGAAAAUCGCCAAGAUCAGUGUGUGUUUCUCGAGACAAUCCGUUGCUGUUGCAAGCAGUGGAACACCUUCAAAAGGCAAUUGAAAUGUCCCAAGGGUUUGACGUUGCAAGGUAUGAUUUGGGGUUAAUAUACCGAAUGCUAGACAAACCGGACGAUGCUCUGAGAAGUUUUUCUUUCAUCACAUCCAAUAAUUGUGGGAAACCAUCUGAAUACCCGAUGUCUUUAAUAAACGCAUACGAACAACAAGCAAUCUGCAAAUUAGAUUUAAUAUCGAAAGAAACUGACCCCAAGAGAAAGGAAGAACUACAAUACGACGCCAAAAAAUCCUUGUGGAAGGCCCUUUCUAUAACAUCGGGGUUUAUUUGGGCUAUACCAUUGCUGAAAACAACAAACCAGUGUUUUUUAAUUCUUAAAGAGUUACUGCAAAACGAAGAGAAAUCUUUCAGUACAUCUAAAGAGCUUGCAACAUUACACGAAUUGCUAGGUUAUGAUGAAGAGUCUAUUAAAUUUCACAGAGAGAUAGCCGACAUGGAAUGCAAUUCAACAACUGUAAAAGAACUUGCACAAAGCUACAUAAAGGUUGGAGAUUUCGAGAAUGCCAUAUGUACGCUGGCAUUACUUAAAGGCGAAAAAGAGUGGGAUACUUCGUUUAAAUUAAAUUUUGUGAAUGCAUGCUUAGAGGGAGCCAAGAAUUCGUUGAUGAAGAAUGAUUUAGAAAUGGCAAAGAUUAGAUUUCUAAACGCAUACACAGCUAUAUUUUUUCAACACAUUGUAUCGGCUUCCAAAGAGGAACAAAAUGUAUCGACUUCCAAAGAGGAGCAAAAUGCAUUGGCUUCCAAAGAAGAACAAAAGGUAUUGACUUCCAGAGAUAAGCGAUAUAUACCAGCUUCCAAAGAGGAACUAAUAAUAUCGACCUCCAAAAAGGACCAAAAUUUACUGGCUUCAAAAGAGGAGAAAAAUGUUUCGACUUUCAGAGAGGAGCAAUAUGUACAAGCUUUCAAAGAGGAACAAAAUAAUUCGACUUUGAACAAAGAACAACAUAUAUCAGCUUGCAACAAGGAACAAAAUGCACCGGCUUUCAAUGAGGAACAAAAUGUGUCGACUUUAAAAGAGAAACACGAUGAUAAUACACUCGAUAUUCUCGUUUUGCAUAGCUGUGGUGAAGAUAGCUGUCGCUACCUCAACUUUGUCCAGUCUACAUUACUAUCAUUUGUGCAGUUGAAAUAUGCCAUCAACGAUAACGAUUGCCUUCCAUUUCGUCGAAAAAUUGAUUAUCUGAUCGAAGAAAUGCGUAAAUCCCGGUGUAUAUUAAUAAUUCAGCAUGAAAAUAGAACCAAGGAUGAAUUCAUAGAUCAAGCAUUGAAAAUAGCGUUAGUAAAGCACCGAACAAAAACUCUCAAAAUCAGGAAAGAAGGAGUAGAUCAAGAUGAACUAGUAUGUAAAGAAGUAAUCCUCUCGUGUGAUUUGGAUGAAAAUGAAAAUACUGAGAGAAGCCAACGUCUGCAAGGGGAUCUGUUUUCUGAUGUGCUAAAGAAAGUAUCACAGAUGUAAAGAGAGAAUAUUUGUUAUUAACAAUUCUGAUAUGUUUAUGGUUGGUUGUGUGACAAC